AUCCUGUACCUCGGAGAGGAACCUAUCCUCUAUCACACCAUCAUCCAAUAUCCACGCCGCCAGCAAUAUUCGCACGUGCUGUAGCUUUGUUGAGUGAGGUGGGCACCUCACAGUGGGAAGCUUACAUCCCAAUAUAUCCGCCCUCCGUAAGGUACGGAGCACCUCCUCCCUCGACCAAACCGAGUGCUUUCAAAUACUCUGUACACGGACUCGUACAUCCAAUAUCCGUCCGCGUCCGCACCUUAUAGAUCGAACCUCACCUCAUUCAUACAACACCAUGCCCCCAAUCAUCCCACCCACAGACCCGGUCUACGCCCAAUCCCUCCUCGCGCAUCCACCCCAAUCCGAACCAGCACCCAUCAGAUCGACCAUCACGACGCUCAACCUCCAACCACACAUCGAGGGCGGGUACUUUGUCGAGACGGACCGCGACAAACUCCUCGUACCCAACCCAUUUCAGAAUUUACCUUUACUCGCCAACGCCACGAGCAAAGAUACCAGCACGACGCGCCACGCCAGCACGACCAUCUACUACUUGCUCACACCCAAGAGUCCCGUGGGUUACUUCCACCGCAACCGCGGACGCACCGUGCACACUUUGCACCGGGGCCGGGGCCGGUAUGUGCUUCUGCACGUCGACCAGCGCGACGAACAGACUGGUCGUGUGCCGGUCGAGACGUUCGUGGUGGGUCAGGACAUUGAGCGCGGCGAGCGGGUGCAGUGGAUCGUCGAGGGCGGCAAAUUCAAGGCUUCGUUUUUGUUGCCUGACAGUGGCGGUGACGGUGAUGAUGUCGAGGUGAGCCCGGAAGAAAUGGGCGGUAUGACUGACCCUGUCAGUGAUGAUGGGAGUGGUAUUGGUGCUGGAAGUGCAAGGGGCCUUUUGAUCAGCGAGACGGUCGUGCCGGGCUUUGAAUUCUCGGAUCACGACUUCCUCACGGCCGAGGGCAUGAUUGAUGCGCUGCCUGACGAUGAGGCUAGGGACGAACUGAGGUGGUUGCUUAAGAGAGGGGAGCAGGGGAGAUUGGAUGAGCUGGUGAGGAAGCAGUAACUCAGACAGACACGAGUCAACUACGGAGUAGCUUGGUAUGAGUCACAUACACCAAAGGCGAGGGCUUGCUUUUGCAGCACAUCGCAGGCCAGCCAGAAGCUGAGAUGGAAGUGGACGAGUACGUCGGACGUGAAUGGCCACGAUCAUUUAACCCAGGUAGUAAAAGUCUUCAUCUACGGUAGUGAAGCGUGGUAUACCACAUUGUCA